GGUAGCCAUGCGAGACAGACUGGGUUUGUUGAUUGGUAUGCCGACAUUAUCUGACGAACAGGCAUUUCGAAAGAUUGUUAAAGCGGACUUAGUUAUCAUCCCGUUCUGCCAAUCAACGGACGAGGUUGCCCACCAAACGUUAGCAGUGGUCCACAAAAAUGUUGCUUAUCACUAUGACAGCGUCGGAAAUGACUUCGUGGAGAACUGGAAACAGUUCUUAAAUCAGCUGAUGAAACUGUAUCAGGGUGACAACGAAAAGUAUUAUGAUCAAAUUAAGUCAUGGGAGAAGCCAUUUAAGAUCAACAAAACGAAUAUUCAAACAACAGUGGUGACCCUCGAAAAUGCGUGUGGUCUAAUUUGUUUGAACAUCGUUUCUCGCAUUGUUCUGAAUUUCUGCAUUUUCAAGAUCUGCGAUAGAAGCUGUAUUGACUUGGCGGUCAACGACUUCAUGACCUGGUACCACGCCAUCAAGCAAGCAGAAGGGUCCCAUGCAGUCGAUGAACCGAAAAGGUUGUGCACACUUUUUGUAGCCCAAGCGGGGCUUGGCUGUUAUAAGACCAGCUGGGAAGUUGGGCGUUACGAAGAAUACGCUGCGAUGAUUGGAUGGCCCUCCACGACACCUGCGGUGGUAUUGAAUAGCGUGAAAUCGUUUGAAAAUCAGACGUUUUACAAACUAAAAUAUGAUGGCGGUCGAGUUUCGUAUGUCCCUGAGUAUUACGCCCUUUUGUACAAGCGCCCGUAA